AUGGCGUCCUCGGUUGCCCAGAAACGACUCUUCCAUGAGUACAAGAACCUUUCCACAAACCCACCCGAGGGAAUCACUGCAGGCCCUGUCACCGAAGAUGACAUGUUCCACUGGGAAGCCUUGAUCCAGGGCCCCGAGGGCACCCCGUUCGAGGGCGGCGUUUUCGCAGCCGAGCUGAAGUUCCCCAGGGACUACCCUCUCAGCCCACCAACUAUGAAGUUUAUCGGUGGUGGCGUUUGGCACCCGAAUGUUUACCCUAAUGGAACCGUCUGCAUCUCUAUCCUUCAUCCUCCCGGCGACGACCCCAACCACUAUGAACAUGCCUCCGAGCGCUGGUCGCCCAUCCAGAGCGUGGAGAAGAUCCUCUUGUCUGUGAUGAGCAUGCUCGCUGAGCCGAAUGAUGAGAGCCCUGCCAACGUCGAGGCUGCCAAGAUGUGGCGUGAGCGUCGACCUCAGUACGAGCAGAAGGUCCGGGAUGAGGUGAAGCGGGGUCUCGGCCUGUGA